GGGGCGGGCUGAGGACUACUGCUCCCGGCGUGCACUGCACCCCCGCCUGGCGGGACUACGCGUCCCGGCGUGCACCGCGCCACACCCACCCCACCCCCACCCCCGGCCGGCGCGAGGCGCGGGAGAGGCCGGGGACACGGGGCCCCUGCGGUGCCAUGCGCCUCUCGGCUCUGCUGCACGUGCAGCAGCUGCGGCUGCCCCGUGGUUACCGGCACGGCACGUGGCGCCCAGACACCGCCGCUGCCCGGCGCCGCAACCCCCCGGGGCUGUGCCGCCGCAAGAUCUUUGUGGAACCCAUCGCCAGGGAAGACUGGAAAGUGUUCGGGGGUGACACAGUCCAGGUCCUGACUGGGAAGGAUGCGGGGAAGCAGGCAAUGGUCACGCAGGUUGUGCGAGCCCGCAACUGGGUUGUGGUGGAAGGGCUGAACACGCACUACCGCUACAUCAACCCAAGCCAAUAUCCCGGGACCUACAUCGCCAGCGAGGCACCGCUGCUGCUCAACCAGAUCUCGCUGGUGGACCCCGAGGACCGGAAGCCGACUGAGGUGGAAUGGCGCUACACAGAGGAGGGCGAGCGGGUUCGCGUCUCCCUGCGCAGCGGUCGGAUCAUCCCCCUUGCCCCUGGCGGGCAGCGCUGGGACGGCAUCGUCCCCGAGCAGUGGAUCGACGGCCCGAAGGACACGUCAGAGGAUGAUGCGCUGAAAAAGACGUACGUGCCAUCGUUGAAGACCUUUGAGGAGGAGAUCAUGGACGCCAUGGGGAUUGUGGAGACACGCAGGGCCAAGAAAUCCUACUGGUAUUAACUGGGGGGGGGACGCGGGGGGAUGCCAGAACCCCCCUGGGGUCAGGGUCUGCAAUAAAGACCCCCCCUUUAUUUUC